AUGGUGGCAGACCCAGCACUCGCUGCGGGUGGGAAGCUGCAGUCCAGUUUAGCCCCUCCUGCUGCUAUCUCUACUUUCUCUGCGACUUAGGAGGGGAGCGAGAGCGCUGAGCCCGGGAGGAUGCAGCACCAACUGUGGCCUAGGGGUUAGGGUCUCCCGCUGCUCCUCUGCUUCCUGCUGCUGAACAGCCGCCCAGGGGGCUGCGACAUUAGUGGCCACGAUGGUCAGGGCCAAGUGGGAGUGGGGCAGCUCUGGCCCCUCUAAGGAUUUGCCUCUCCAGUCUUUCAGCACUUGCAAGUUAUACUCCAGCAGUUUGUGUCCCAAAGUGAUUUGUUCUAGAAGAAUGACAUCACCCAGGAUGUGAUGACCCAGAAGAUGGAGAACAUCAGCAGAUUCUGACCCCAAGAUGCAUGUCUGAGGCAUGGACAGGCAACCUUUCCCACCAAAACCACCCAGAGCCCAAGGACCAAAGUGAACAGGGAUCAAUGCUUCAUCUCCAAAGAGGAUUUGAAUACCCUGAAACGAGAGGUGGCCAACCCUGUCAAGGGACUGCAGUGA